UUCAGCCCUGUCAGUCCGUGUGUGGCACGCGUUCUUGCGAACAUAUUUUAAUUUUAUUUAUUUGCAAACCUGUAACAUUUCUCUACGCAGAACAUAAAUAACUGCAGCGGCAGACACACAAAGCAAACACUUUCCCCAAUCAAAUAACUAAAUUUUUGCUUGAACGGACCAUGAAAACAACUAAUAUCGGAUUGUAUGCUUUCCGUUUAACCUUCGGUCAGACGCCGCACCUAGCUGCGCAGGCCUCCACACACAGCAGCCAUGCUUUCACCACAAAUUCGUCGAGGCCCAAUCGUGUGGUGACGCGUUCCGCUACCAUGUUGGCGCUCUUUGGAAUUGCACUGUCUUCGUUCAGUCUUAAGCAGCUGCUAGCCAAGAAGCACAACAAACACAAUGCACUCCGCAAACUUUAAGCGGCACUGAUCGCGGCUCUGGUAAAUGCAGGCGAGCAACGACAAAGCCACAACAUCCGCAGAAAAAGUCGAUGCGUAGUCAUGAACUGUAGCAUAACAUCCAUUCAUCUUAAUCAUUAUAGUGUAUAUUUGUUUAAGUUUAGGUCAGCAUAUCGCACACAUACACACACACACACACACGCUACGAAAAUCAACUACAGGGUCGUGACCACAAGCUCUCCAGCAUUGCGUCUUGCCGCGCUUGUUUUAUAUAAAACAUUAUAUUUUAUUUUGAAAUAUUGAAAACCGAUUUGUGUUUCCCAUCUGCAUACGCAUAUUUAGUUAUUAAUAACUUCCACAAACACUCACGCACACACGCAUCGGUUUUGCAUAUUUCCGCAACGCCCUUAACUAAAAGGAAUAAAUUUGUGAUAAUUCUGCAUGAGUGUACGUAUUAUGUGACAAGAGAACACGCCAAAAUUAAUUUCGAUUUGCAACUGUCUGCGCAAUCAAAAAUGAUGUGAUUGCUUUUUAGUUUUAUUUUGUCGUACAUCUAUGAAUGUGAACAAACCCUAAAUACUUAGCUAUGAAUUUUAUGUGAAGUCUAAAUACAUUUGAGAAGGAUCUGAAAACGACUAAGGGGAAAUCCAAAAGAGCAUAAUAGCAUAAUCAAUAACAAAACUGAGCGGUAGUCUGUCGAGUACGAUGAGCAAAUGUACGCAGUAUACAACAAAUAAUUUAGUUUUAGUUGAAUUCAAAAAUAAACUUAUUGAAA